AUGACUCCUAUCAGAGUCGGUAUUGCCGGUAUCACGGGGAAAUUCGCCCGUUGCGUUGUUGAUCACCUUUUGAAGCAACCCGACAUUACUAUCAAGGGUUAUUGCCGCGACGCAAGUAAACUUCCCGCUGCCCUCCUUGCUUCCCCGAGAAUUCACAUCACCCAAGGUCAAUCAGACGAUAAAAAUGCAUUGCAAACCUUUGUCAAAGGGAACGAUGUGAUGGUUUGCUGCUAUCUCGGUGACCACAACCUCAUGAUCAAUGCUCAAAAGUUCUUGAUCGAUGCUUGUGAGAUCGAGGGAGUCGGUCGCUACGUGGCAAGCGACUAUAGCCUGGACUUCACGAAGCUAGAGCUUGGGCAGUUUCCCGCAAAGGAUCCCAUGAAGCACAUUCAGGAUUAUCUGAAGAGCAAGAACGUCCAAGGAGUUCAUGUUUUGAUUGGCAUUUUCAUGGAAACUUUCUUCACCACUUCCUUCAAUUGCUGGAAUGCCAAGGAAUUCUUGUUGUCCUACUGGGGAUCUGGUGAGGAAAUAUGGGAGUCAACAACCUACGACAAUGCGGCCCAGUUCGUCGCAGCUGUCGCCCGGGAUCCUGCUGCGGUUGUCCUUGGUGAUUGCAAGAGCAUUCAACAAAUCGCUACAGCAUUCGAAAACCAGUUCUACAAGUUUUACUGCACCAACGGACAGGCUUAUCUCACCCCCGACGUCGAUGCUUCCAAAUAUCGCGAAAUCCCACGACUUACCUUCGACGAAUUCUUCAAACACCAUUCCCCAGAGUCUCUGUCAACUGCAGCCUGGGGUGUUGGUUUGAACAUCUCGGUAAAAUAA